UCUGAAGCGAUGCACAGUGAUUCUGAUUCACUGAACAGAUCGUUAGAGCACACAACAUCCCACCAAACCAUCUGAACUGUCGUUUUUCUCAUUUCUGUGGAUGCUCUUGCUUUGAAUAUAAAAAUCUGAGGAGGUAUAUAUUACAAUUUUUCUUUUUCUGCGCAAGGAUUUAUUUAUAUAUCCUCUGGCACUCCAAACGCCAACAGAUUGUGUUUGGUCUCCUUGCAAAGGGUCACUUGGGAGAAUCGACCCGUCUUGUGGCACUCCUGACACACUUGGAAGAUUUGUGGACUGCGGACGUUUGGUGAAAUAGGACACACGGACGGACAACUGCGGUUUAUGCGUGUCCCCGUUCAUAGAAGAUAAAAACGGACUGUUGCUGCAAGAACUGACACUGAGAAAUAACAAACAAUCAACUCAAAACAUGAGCUGCGCAAUGUUGCGACACGCGCUCGCUUUGCUCUUGGCGUUGCUGUGGAAAGGGCCCACCGGUGCUCAGGCGGCCGAGUUCGGACACUUGCCCGACAACAUUACCGUGCUGGAAGGAGAAAGCGUCAUUUUGAGAUGCAAGAUAGAUGAGGAGGUCACUCACAAGGCGUGGUUGAACCGCUCCAACAUCUUAUUUACGGGCACAGAUAAGUGGUCCCUGGACUCCCGCGUCUCCCUGGUGAACAACAACAACAGCGACUUCUCCAUUAAGAUUGAGAGAGUGAUGGUGGCAGACGAGGGACCCUACACAUGCAGUUUCCAGGCCAGAAACCAGCCCCGUACGGCCCACGUCUACCUCAUCGUUCAGGUGCCGGCCCGGAUAGUGAACAUCUCGCAGGAUAAAUCCGUGAAUGAAGGCGAUGACGUGAGCCUCUUUUGCCUGGCGGUGGGCAGACCAGAGCCCACCGUGACCUGGAAGGACUUCAAAUAUGGUCUCCUGAACGAGGGCGAAUUUCUGGAAAUCACAGAAAUCAAGCGGCAUCAAGCAGAGGAAUUUGAAUGCAUCACCAACAACGGUGUGGCGCCGCCAGACACACGCCGAGUCAAGGUCACAGUCAACUAUCCACCAGUGAUUACAGACGUAAAGAACAUGCCUGCCCAGCUGGGAAAAACUGCAAUUUUGCGUUGUGAAGCAAUGGCGGUUCCCACCGCAUCCUUUGAAUGGUACCGGGAUGACCGAAGGCCGGUCGAGAACGAUAACACGCUGAAGAUUAAAAACGAGAAAACACGUUCCCUGCUGCUCUUCACCAACGUCACAGAAAAACACUUUGGCAACUACACCUGUUUCGCCUCCAACCGCCUCGGGGCUUCCAAUGCCAGCAUGUUACUCUUCAGGCCCGGGGCGGUGUACGGCGGAGGGGCGUCUCUGAACGGCCGUUUAUCAGGAGUCGGUCUGUGGUUCUGCCUCUCCAUCUCUGUUCUGAUGAAGGUCUAAAACUUUCCCGCUUCGGAAGGAGUCUUUAAAUACGAACCCAUCACUGUGAACAAAAAGAAAUUAUGCAUUAAUCCAGGAGCCAUCGCUACAUCACUCGGUCAUACCUUCUCUUCCUAUUUCCAUUCACGCCCGGUCGCAUAUCACCGCUUCAUUUCCCCCCUCCCGUCACCAACGACGGUCACCUUUUAACGUCCAAACCUGAAAUGUGAUGCAAAUGAUGUGAACGACAAGAUAACAGUUCGGUGUUUCUUGAUGUGCGUGCUGGACAUGCUGGUCGUAAAGAUGACGACGAUGGUUGCGAUGUUCGGGUGACCCUCUCGAAGCUGUUUCACCAGCGGGCCCGUCGGCCGUUGACCCUCGGAUCCGAACGCAGAGAUCUGAGCUGAACGGUGGUGCAUUCUGACAUACGUAGCUACUAUGAAUGAUGUCAAACCACAUGUUUUUCUUUCUAGCAAGGGUUAGCAGGAGGGCCGCGUCAUCUCGGCCCCUAGUUUGCAUUCGUUUGGGCUCUCGACCCAAAGCAAACAUCUGACCCGCGUCCAGCCCUCAUAUUGUCCUUAGUCUGUCCAUCACUCAGAUCGUCCUCAGUGUAAAUAUAUAUGCAGCAGAGGCCACUCAUUUCACUGGCAAAAACAACAUUUCCCAUCAGCCUCUCUGUUUCGGCCUUUUGGCUUGGACGAUAUUGCUGCCUUUAAGUCACGUCGGAAUGAUCGUAUUUACGAGAUGAGCAUGCAUUCGCCACCAAAAUGUCAUUAUUAGAGGAGAAUCAUUGAUCAUAAUGAGUUUAGUUUGUAUACAUUUAGAAGUGCUUCUCAUGUUUGUUGCACAAGUGCUUAAAGGGGACCCCUUUCACAAGAUGUAAUAUAAGUCUCUGGUGUCCCCAGAAUGUGUCUGUGAAGUUUAAGCUCAAAAUACCCCACACAGAUCAUUUAUUAUAGCUUGUCAAAUUUGCCCCUAUUUGGGUUUGAGCAAAAACACGCAGUUUUUGUGUGUGUCCCUAUAAAUGCAAAUGAGCUGCUGCUCCCGGCCCCCUUUCCAGAAAAGGGCGGAGCUUUAACAGCUCGCGCUUCGGUUGCUCAACAACAACAAAGCUGGAGAAUCUCACGCAGACAAACUACAGCUGUAGACUUCAUUCAUGUACUAAAAACAUUUGCAAACAUGGCUUAGAAAAGUGAGAAAUAACACAAAGAGUGAAAGAAAUUGUGCAACGUUUAAAAUAAUUUGAAUGCAUCAUAAUUACGUACAAACUCGUAAGUAGGAACUUUCCACAAGGACUUGAAGGCAGCAGAAGUUUCUGGCGUCUCCUGCCCUGAAACAGUUCAUCGACUUCUUGUUGCUUGUGGAUAGCAUGUACCGGUUAGAAAUGUCCCUCUUGUGACCUCACUUCCUGCACCGACCCCGUUUUAACCCCCUGCACUGUGUACAUUUUAAUCUGCAAGGUUAACUGCUAUUACUUUUUUGGUGUUAAUAAUGAUUAUAAUGAUGAUGAUGAUGAUAAUGAUGAUGACAAUGUUAAUAAGUAUUUGAAUAAAUAUGAUAGUAAUUCCAUGUGAGAAAAAAAAAAAAAACGUCCGAGCUGAUCGCAAGCCAUGUGUGUGAAAAUAUUUUGUACUAAAAACCACUGAAUUCAUCAAACAGCAAAAAAAAAAAAAAAAAAAGAACAAAAAAACUUUUUGAAGUAUUGUGCUCUGUUUUACCAUGAUUAACUUUUUUAAAACGGAAAUAAUUUGACCACGUCUGUAAAAGAGAGCAAUCGGUGAAAUGUGAGGGCGCUUACACGCUAGACAAAUCGGAAGGCGUAAGAUCCUUUUUGAGCAUGUGAAAAUGGCCGUGGGAACACAAAAAUAUACAGUUUCCAAACCAUCGCAUUUUUCCACUGUCGCUACGUUCACACAGUGAGCCUUAAUGCUCAAUUCUCAGAUCUGAUUUUUUUGUUGUUCAGAUUUCCAGUGUGAACAGAUCAUGUUUCUGAACUGACCUGCAUGCGAAAAAGAACGUUACAAAUGGGGUUGCCAGGUUUUUACCACAAAAUGCACUCAAUUGCUUUUCAAAACUAGUCUAAAACUAGCCCAGUCGCGUUCCGUGGGGUAUCCCGGUAAAUAUCGCGUUAGUGCGGUCGCUUCAACCUACGGAGUUGCAAAACAACCCGCGGCAACAGUGAAAAAGUAACCCAAUUCUGCUGGAAAAUCGCGGACUUGGCAACACAGCGCGCUAUCAUACGGAAGUAAACACGAAGGGCAUUAAAGUAAGCGAUUACGUGUUUAUUUAUAGUGUGAUCUGCCGCGGAAGCCAGCGAAAUUAUGCGCAGACAAUAUGAAAAAUAAAGACAAUGAUGUGACAAAAGAGAGCAGAGUUUUGAAACUUUUAUGAUACGAGCCCUCAUGUUUCGCUUGUAUUAUAGAGCUGUCGAGUUCUGACUACCUUCCGCAGCUGUUUUGAUAGCGUUGGGUGUGUACAAUCUUUGAAAUAGACUCCCAUGAGCGCAGAAUCGCGAUGAAUGUUGACGUAAAAAUCGCAUGAAUUCCGAUAUGACUGUUGACACUGCGGUCGCAUUACAAAACAUCUGACCUGUAUCGGAUUUAGUACCACAUAUGACACAAAUCGGAAUUGAAAAGAUCAGAUUCCAUGAGUCACACGUGGGCAAAAAAUCAGAUUUACCUGCAGUGUGAACGUACCAUCUCCAUUGAACUCAAUGCAUUUGCAAUGGAAACUCUAGCUUGUAGGCGCCCUAUUAUUAUUUCAAGUGUGUACUGUAUGUAUUGCGAUUUUUUCCCAUGCUGUUGAUGACUGUAAUGUAUGAUAUAUUCUGCCGUAAUGAUGUAAUGCUCGAUGACAUAACCAAAAUCCUCAGUAUCCUGCGGUUAUGUGCACACAUUAACGUUUUGGUGCAAUGCUGCGUUCCAUUCAUUGUCGGAUGUGAUGUCGCCAACUUCCAGCCAUAAAUGCAUGCAUUUUCAUGCAUUAUGCUUGGAAAACGACAUGGGCUGUAAUGAAGCAAUGCUACCAUUAGCGUUCUUCUAUGCAAUGCUAGCAUUUGUUCUGUAGGUGUGCAGUUAACAGACAGGAUCAUAGUCUUUUAUUUGCUUAACAUUUUUCACAUUUAUUCAUGCAUAUGUGCGUGUGAAUUUCUGCAAAAAUUUCCAAACUGCAAUCAUGACUUCAUGUUGCAUUCGAUUGCACUUUUCCAAGUUGAAUGGAACGCAGUAUCUUUUUUUUCCGUUCGGAAUCAGAUUAGCGGGAGAUAAAGAUGUAAUUAGCCGGCGACUGUGACUCGCUAAGCAAGCGGACCGUCGUAUUCUCUCCGUCCCCCAUCUGGUGAGCUGCAGAGCUCAUAAAUCAAGCUCAGUCCAGGCGCUGACAGAAUCCUCUUCAAGGACAGCUGUGCCUUUGAGUCUCGAGCCCGAUGUGGAGUCCGAUCCCCUACAGGCUAAUUAACCGCCACUUAAGAGCACACGGCGAAGAGGCUUUGACGUAAAGCAGCGGUGCGCGACUUAACGCGCUGCGGCCGCUGCGGUGCUUUAUGCAACCCUUCACAAUGACCCUGCAUGAGCGCUAACCAUUCAGUUUGCAAUGUUAAUGCUGUAUAUAUUAUAAUAGGAUAAUGUUGCGCUCCCUGAAUAUGUGCUCCAUUAUUGCAUUUCAGCCAGCAAUAACCCUGAAAAUAAAACCGAAACCUAUUUAAAGUUCAAGUUAAAGUCUGACGGCCACAAUGCCAUUAUUAAUGAACGCUGAAGACUGUGCAUUCGUACAAUGUGCACUAAUUGAAGAUAUUGCAUACUACACAGUGGCCGCAAAACAGUAUUUGGACACUUAAAAAGUCUGAUUGUCUUUGCAUUAGAUCUUACAGUAAAAAUCAAAGCAUUUGUUUUUAAGAAGUAAAGUACAAUAAAAACAGAAACAAUAAAAUAGUGUUGGAAAUUUAAAACAAUUGGACACUUUCUAGGUGUCAAAACAUUAAGUUAAUAAAAUAAUAAACAGCUGAAGACUUCAUUAAUCUACUAAAAAUCAUGUUGACCUCGCAAAAAUCUAAUGCAGUUGACAUUCAGACAUUUAAUUGUGACUUAAAUGUCAAAAUAUUUUUCCGCCGCUGUAUGAGGGUUCGGUUUCAAGCACAAAAGCAGGUGAUUUUUCUCAUCUCUUAAACUUUUAUCCCGCUGUCAGUCCGCUUUUGUCCGCUUCACGCUUUUCCUAUCAUACUCAUGUUAGCAUCGCCCUCGGGGUCCGCCGAUCCAUCUCUGUGUACAUGUAUUCUCCUCAAAUAUAAGUAAACAAAAGAAAAAAAAAGUAUGAAAUGUCGUUGCAAUUCUCGGUGUGGGUAUAACGCAUGUAAAUGUCUGUUUUGGGUGGAGUUUAUAUGGGUGUGUGGUUAUCGUGAUGGAGCACCGCUGGUGUAUGUUUUGGGCUGGGAUCAUUUCCCCUCGUGAUUCCCGCGCUGAACUGCAGAGAUUCGGAUUGAGAGGGGACUGAGAUAGAGGUCUGGAAUGGAGGACAGAUGUGAACGAGUCGGAUUGGACAGGGAAACAUGCAUCAAGGCACAUGCAAACUCAGUGUUUGUUUAACACAGUGUACUAAGAAAGACGGAAACUAGCUGUGAAAUAUAUUUGAAUUAAAUUAUAAGCAAAAAUAAAACUGUCCACAACAAACCCCACUUGUAAAUGCAUUUUCUGUCCAGUUCCCAAACACUUCCUCUUUCCCUAUUUACAAAUGGCUUACUUAUAGUUGUCUGUGCAUAUUAAACUGAGAUAGUGGAGUAGUUUAGCAGUUCACCUUUAAAUAUUUGCUUGAUUGUCUCUAUAAAGGCCUGCUCACACCAAGAACCAUAACUAUAAAACGGACGAUAACGUUCUGUUUAUUCUAAGCACGUGCUUAUGUUUUCAGUCGUUGUCUGUCACUUCAAAUGAUCAAGCUCUUCAAAGCAGGAUGGAUUCUGAUUGACUGUCAAUGUUUUUAUCAUUCAUCAGCUGGAAAAAAAAAAAUCAUUCUGAAAGUGAUUCCAGUGAUAUCUUUUCUUUGUGCCGUUAUCGUUACAGUUGUGGUGUAAAAUUUCAUUUGCUAUUCUUUUAAAUUUAGAACAGUUUAUAUAUCUUUAUGGUUAUCAUUAUAGUCAUUGUCCUUGGUGUGAACAGGCCUGAACUCUUUCAAGUUUGUUCUAGAUCAUUGCACGUGAUGUUAUGAUGAUUUGGAAGGAAAUCUGCAACGAGUUUACUUUCAUAUAAAAUUCAUCGACUGAACAGUAAAACUUAUCAUGUUUUUCAUCUGCUGCUCAUGUCUACAGAUCUAAAAGUGGACUUUUCCUGAUUAGACCCCAGUACUGCACAUUGUUGACUAAGGGGUGUGAUGAGAUCUCGUGCAGUGAGAUUAAAAUAUAAUGAGAUUUCUUGUCGAGUUGAAAAGCUGUCUCGCGAUAUUGCCAUGACGGAGUGUGAGGGUGAAAUUAGGAUAUAAUAUGCCACCGCUUCGUUUACGCCUCCACUGUCGUUUUGCUUUUUAUAGAAACAAAAAUCAUUUAAUUCUGUUGGAUAACGGUCGCUUCAGUCCCAUCCAGCUCAUCCAACACGAGCUGCAGAGUCGUACGUAGUGCAGCAGGAAUCAGAAUUCACUGAUCACAUGACAAGAGUAAGUGACGAGAUGACUGACAAGACCAUGGCAGAGGAUUUAUUGCACAACAGAGCCUAUGUGUCUGAUAAAUGUUUUAUCUUGUAAGAUGCGCGCUUAGCACCGCCGCUCCCUAUUCACAGAGUAUGCACUGAAAACGAAAGCGAAAGUAAAACGCAAGCGCGCAUUAAAACGCAAUUUCAAUACCCUGCAUUUUGAAAGCGGCUCCCUGUUGCGUGCAAAUAUCUCCUAAUAUGAAAGCUAUCUUAGGCUGGGCUGUGUAGUUGUAACCAUCUCUUAGCUCUGUAUCAUGCUUGAAGAAAAAUGUACUCUCUAUUUGCACUUUGAAUAUUGAGAGAGUACUUUUAUUAUGAUUGCACUUAUUGUUUGCACUUAAUAAGACUAAGAGAAAACUGUUUUGUUUUUAUUUCUAUGAUCAAUUUGUGGAAAGGAGUUCAGUUAGGAGGUCAAAAGUUGUAGAAGCUCAUUAAUCAUGUACAGUAAAGUCUGAAGAGACUCAUAUGAAAUUAUACAGGACAGAAGCCAGUCAGUUGAGUUUGUGGCAAAAGCUUUUACAGUGCUCGAGUAUUGUUGUCUUUUACUGCAUAUGAUAAUUCAUACUACUAAAGUAGAACUGAAAUGACAUUCAUUACAAGAUGAUUAGUUAAAACAUUUCAAAUGCACCAACAGACUAUUUUUCUUCAUCAUUGAGGAUUUUUAAAAAAAAAAAAAAAUACUGUGUAAAAAUCUUGUCUCGAUCUCGUGAACUCAAUCUUGAACCAAUCUCUGUCUCGUCACACCCCUAUUGUUCACUAAUUAUCAUUUGUCAUAGUGUGAAUUAACAUUGCUUCAUUGGGCCACAAGAUGGCAGUGCCAAAUCACACUGCAUGAUGCAUUUGGUAGUUUUGUGUACAUCAUACAUUUCUUUUUAAUUCACAAGAAAGUGCAUUAGAAGUUUUCCAUAGUCUUUAAACCAUGAGAGCAUCAUUUAUUUAUUUAUUUAGAAACAGAAAAUGACUUUUUCCUGUUAAAAAGGUGGUUUGUUGUUUUUUGCAUGGUUUAGUUGGUAUGCCAGCCCGAACAAGCUGGGGUUUAGCUAGACGGCAAGGUGGUCUCCCAACCUGACCAACUGACAAGUUCCCAUAGCUUCUCUAAAACCAUCAAACUAGACCAGCAUGACAUGUAAAACCAGCUCUGUGGCCACUUCAGGCUGGUUUAAGAUGUUGCUUUCAGUAUUGCAUGUGCUUUUGUGUUUGUUGCACUAGCCUGUGUUACAUAAUUAACCCAAAUAUGCACAGAGCUUUUGAAAAAUUGAAAGUCAGCGUGUAUUGAUACUGUGUAUCUGGAGACAAAAUAUUGAGACAGUUUGCAUGUAGAAGUAGAUAAUAGAACGGGGUGAAUGUUAGAUUGUCCCACCCUUGGUAGUCAAAUUUAGAUGAAAAGUAGAUAAAUUGUGAGACUAUAAGCGGGCAGAUGCUUGUUAUCGGUACUAUGUAUCACCAAAUUCACAAGAUUGUUCUCAUUACAAAUACAGGAGUAAUUUAAAAACGCUUCAGUCCAGACACAAAUGCAGACGUGAAUGUUUGAUGUUUUUGAGGUACUCGGCUAUAAAUGUCAACAGUUUAACUAUCUUUCUCAAUAAUUGCUCCAUCAUGACAGAGAAAACCGAACGCAGAAGACGCCGAUUGUGCUAAAAUAUAGUGUCUCGUCUUGAGCCAUAGAUGUUGCGUUUUGAAGACAGCGCGUAUGUCUGAGUGCACGUUUCAGGCUGAUGUCUUUGCCCAUUGCGUCACAUCUUGCUGUUUUUCAGCAUCUUGUGUGAUUAGUGUUGCAUUUUGAAGUCAAUAAUAACUUUUUAAAAAACAUCUUUAGACUCCCUUGGGAGAGACAAAGAAGUCAAAAGCAGGCGCUUUGGCUAAAGGAACACUCAAAAAAUAUGUAGGCCUAAAUUUAAAUUGCAUGUAGGGUAUCUGAAUUGCAUAUAAAAUGUCCAUUUAAUUGGAUUACAGAGAAUUAAUAUAAACUAAUUAACUUAAUGUGAUGCAUAUUUGUCAGUCAUACGUGAAUUAAACGGGUAUAAUUUCAGGUACAGUAAGAUAAUAAACUGAAUACGUUUUAAAUGCACAAUAACCAGGUUUAUAUAUUUAUCAUCAAUAAAUCAAUUUCUUUCAAUCUCUCAUACAUUUUAGUGAAUAUUUCUUGUUCCACAGCUAGUCAUAUUUUAACCAUGUUCAUAAAUUUUAACUGAAUAAAUGUAAUUGUUUUCACAAGCAACAGAUUUAUGCUGAUUGUAAGCAGUUUGAAUAAAUGCAUUCUGAUUAUUUAAAUAAAAUCAAAUUGAUACAAAUAGUUAAUAAUAAUAUCUGCCAUGAUUUUUGUGCACAAAUCUUUCCUGUUUAAUAUUUGUGUAUGACUGACAAAUAUAUACAUCACUUUAAGUUUAGUUGCAAUUCAAAUACAUAAAUCUCAAAUUUAGGCCUAAAUAUUUUUGAGUGAAAAUUUAAUAAUGCGUGACAAUAUGAUGCAUGUACUUGAUAGAUAGAUAGAUAGAUAGAUAGAUAGAUAGAUAGAUAGAUAGAUAGAUGUUGCUGUACAGAGUUCAUUGUAAUUUAUGAGAGGGAUUUAUGAGAAACAGAUGGUUUUAUGUCAAUCAUUUGCACAUGUUUGAAUAAGAAUUCACUAAUUACUAAUGUGCAUAAUUAGGACUAAUUAAGUUGUCAGAACACCACACAGGCAUUAAGAAGACAUAACAGGGCCAGUUCCUCCAAAAUCAGUGGGUGAUCGACCCACUGCGGCGCAUUUCAAUAAGAGCUUUAUUCUGAGCCUCACGAAUGUCAACAACACAUGCUGUUUCUGCGCAGAACGUGACGUCUGCACUGUCAGUCACGGGGUAAAUACGCACGAUUAGCCUGUGUCACUUUCGACUGGUUUCUAAAGGAGUUAGUGGCCUUUCCAGCCAGUCGGACGUCCUUUCCCUGAUCCAGAGCGUCCCGUCGUGCCGUGUCCUCCAGACCUCCACCUCAGUGUCUCUGUAAUAUAGCCGUUUGUUUGUUUGUUUGUGUGUAUGUGUGUGUGUGUGAGUGUGUGUGUGUGUCUGUACAUUCUCUGGCCUUCUUACGGCAGGCAUGCUGGGUCGUGAUUCUGUUUCAGACAAAUGGAUUUUAUCCCCCUGUAAUUGUCAACUGUCUUCAAGAAAUCAAUGACGCAACUGAAGAACAGCGGAAAAUAACAGAACGUUGUCUUCCACAACGACACAUUCUGUGCUGUGAUGUAACCUUUAUUUCAACGUCAUUUGUUUUACAGUUUUCCCUGUCCUUUGUUUUUAGGUGUGUGUACAUUUUUUUAAUCCACAAAGAGGAGAAAAAAAGUCAAGAAUUUAAAUGGAAGGUGAAAAAUAAAAUUGAAUUUUGUUUUUAACAUA